AUGGGCGGAACUGAAGGAAAUUUUGCCAAAAGGAGUGAUCUUGAAGCGGAUGGAAUGGGAUUGCCUUAUGAUUUGGGUUCUGUAAUGCAUUAUGGCCCCAAUGCUUUUACAAUAGACUGGGAUCAAAUUACAAUUAUAACGAAAGACUCAAAAUAUCAAAGAAGUAUUGGACAACGUUUAGGGCCUUCCUUCAUUGAUGUUAAACAAAUAAAUAGGCUUUAUUGUCAUCAUAUGUGUCAAGGCACUUCAGUUAUCUGUUUAAAUGGAGGUUAUGCUGAUACAAAUAAUUGUGAUAGAUGUAAAUGCCCCCCAGGAUUGGGCGGACCUAAUUGUGCAUCGGUAGAGCCGAGUGAAGAUCCUUUUUGUGGAGGUGAAUUAUUAGCAAAUAUAGGGAUAUGGCAACAUUUAACACAUAGAGGGGCCAAAAAAUGUAAUUGGAAAAUUAAGACAGAAGGAAAUCACAGAAUUCGUUUUAUUCUCGAUUCAGUCUCCUAUUCUUGUUCCACUACUUGUCAGGGUUUUGUUGAAAUAAAACAUAAUUCCGAUUUCCAACAAAUUGGUUUUCGUGCUUGUUGUGAUGAACAUGGAAUUGAAGUAAUUUCUGAACAAGCAGAGGUUUUGGUUAUUUCUGAUCCUCAAGGGGCUAAAGUUGGGGCCUUUACUUUACGUUAUAUUGCUGAUACUGGAAGUGGUGCACCAUUACCCAAACCUCCACCUCCCGCUUGGAUUCCUGGAAGAGAAAACCGUGCUUUCCGUGGUGUACAAAAUAAGGGCGGUGUUAUUGAAAAAUUCAUUUUAAAUUCAAUUCCGCGUGUUAGAGACCCAGACAGACCUGUAGAAUCUGUUGCUUCAAUUUUAACUGAUUAUUUUGCUUCUUCACUUUUGGGGGUUAAUAAAAGAAGAAGAAAAUAA